AUGACUGACCAGUUUAAGACCACAGGAGUAAUUUUUAACGACGGAGCGAUGCGGCACAUUAACCGUGGGUCUGGUUGCCACCUGUUUAUGACCCAAAAUGACCCCCGCCCACCCCCGGCCCCAACCAAUCCGCGUCCAGACACCAUGCAUCUCGAGGCGCAGCAGGCGGAGCAUCGAGUUCCUCUGUGGUUCCGGUCUGAAGAACGCCCACCCACGGGUAAAACGCAAGAUCAGUUAACCACAGGCACCCAAGGCCCUGCAAAAUUAAUUACAGCGGAGGAUGGAUGGCACAUAAAACAGGAUUUAUAUUGA